AUGAAAACUAGUCCCGCAGAACCACCCAAUCAACGGGUCAGAGAGAAAAGUUAUACAGAUCUAGCAUCAAAUGCCGUUUUCUUGUCCUAUCAUUCAUAUCUAUCUGCAAUCAGAAGCACUAGUCCCACAGAAGUACCCAGUCAAAGGAUUGGAGAAACAAGAUGUACAGAUUUAGCAUCAGGAAAAGUAUUCACAGUUCUACCACCAGGCUUGACAGCCACUGGAAGAGUGAGUCAGCGGCGAGAAUGGUUAUUGUUGGGUACAUUUACUCGAGAAGCUGAUGGAGAGGAUGAACGGUUUGGUAAAAGAGAGCUAAAGCGAAAACGGGGGCGGGGCCAAGGGCGAAAAGCUGGCCUUCCUAUGGAACUCAAACCAGUCAUACAAAACAAUCAAACGUUCUCGCCCUUCCUAAGUUUACCGCCUCAGAUUCGAACUUAA